UCGGCUAGGUCGCGUUUUGUGUUUUUGUGCUUAUUUAUUUUGUUUAGAUAGUGAUAAACAAACUUUUUAUUUACUUUUCUAAUGUAAUUAUCGUGUAAAAGCGACCACCAUGCCAGUUUUUCACACUAAGAUUAUCGAGAGCAUUUUGGAGCCGGUGGCUCAACAGGUCUCCCGGCUGGUGAUACUCCACGAAGAAGCGGAAGAUGGCAACGCCAUGCCAGACCUGGCGCGGCCCGUGCAGGCCGUGUCGCUCGCCGUCAACAACCUCGUCAAGGUGGGUCACGAGACCAUCGAGUCGUCGGACGACGCGGUGCUGCGAGCGGACAUGCCGGGCGCGCUGCGGCGAGUGGAAGGCGCCGCGACGCUGCUGCAGCAGGCUUCGGAUAUGCUCCGCGCGGAUCCGUAUUCUGGACCUGCUAGGAAGAAGCUGAUAGAAGGUUCCCGAGGCAUCCUGCAAGGCACAUCAGCGUUACUGCUGUGUUUCGAUGAGUCUGAAGUCAGGAAGAUCGUGAAGGAAUGUAAAAAGGUGCUGGACUACCUGGGCGUGGCGGAGGUGAUCGACACCAUGGAGGACCUCGUACAAUUCCUGCGGGACAUCUCGCCAGCUCUCUCGAAGGCCGCUAGAGAGGUGGCGGCUCGCGCCUCUGAGCUGACGCAUCCACCGCACGCGGAGUCCCUGGCCGCCUGCCUGGAGUCCGUCAAGCGCCUCGCCCCGCUGCUCAUCUGCGCCAUGAAGAUCUACAUACACAUCCUCUCUGAAGGUGGCAAGGGAAUAGAAGAUGCGGCGGAGAACAGAAACUAUUUAGCACAGAGGAUGGCGGACGAAAUUCAUGAAAUCAUCAGGGUGCUGCAACUGACGUCAUACGUGGAGGACGGUGGUGAGAAGGACAACAUCGCGGUGCUGCGCGCGCUACAGAACAUCAUACACGGCAAGAGCGCGCAGGCGCACGAGUUCCUCAACGAUCCCACGGCUCUCCGCAACAGCUCGGGCGAGCGCGCGCUCCGCUCCGUGCUGACGGCAGCGCAGCGCGCGGGCGAGCACCUCGCGCCCGCGCUCGCAGACAGCGUGCGCGCCACCGCCAGAACGGCGGGCGUGAACGCGGACCAUCUGUGCGAUGAGAGACAGUUUGGCCGCGGAAGGGAACCUAAGGCGACCAAUUUAGCGUCGGAGUUGCGUGCGCAGCUGAACGACGUGGAGGGUAUCGUGAACGAGGGCGUGCGCGCCGCUGAGAAGCAGGGAGGACGGACUAUGCAGGCCAGGCUAGAGACGGCGCACAAGUGGCUGCUGCACCCGGCGUCCGACCCGGCCACGCGCGUCGAGGGCCAGCGCGCCAUCAACAGCAUCGUGGCGCAGGCGCAGCGGAUAGCGGACAACCUCCAAGGUCGUGAGAAAGCGGAGAUCCUUCAGCUGUGUUCGGAGGUGCAGCGGCUGGCGGAUGAUCUCGGAGACCUGUGCAUGAGCGGCAUGGGAGACUCGGAGGAGGCACGAGCUAUAACUAGACAGCUGACGGACAAGCUGCACGAGCUAAAGCGCGUCGUGGAGCGCGGCGUCGUGAACCGCGUGGUGGAGGACUUCAUCGACGUCGCCGCGCCGCUCAGACACUUCACCGACGCCGUGCACGCGCCCCCAGGUACACCAAACCGCGAAGCUAACUUCCAUGACAAGUCGGCCGCGCUAGCGGCGUUCAGCGCGCGCGCCGCCGCCGCCGGCAACAUGGUCGCCGCGACCGUACCGCACAACAAACGCCUGGCUGAUCUACUCACGUCGAGUGCUAGAGAGGUGGAGAAACUAUCGCCGCAGCUUAUCUGCGCUGGAAAAAUCCGACUGCUGUAUCCCGACAGUAAGGUAGCCGAAGAGCACUUCACGAAUCUGAAGAACCAAUACGGUGACGCGGUGCUGCGCUGUCGCGACUUGUGCGACCAGGCGCUCGACCCGCUCGAGUUCGUUCGCACUGCCGGUGAGCUGAUGCAGAAACACACUUACCUGUGCGAGGAGGCGAUCCGCAACAACGACUCGCAGAAGAUGGUCGAUAACACCUCCGCCAUUGCCAGGCUCGCGAACCGCGUGCUGUUGGUGGGCGGGGCGGAGCGCGAGAACACGGACGACGGGGAGUUCGCGGCGGCGCUCGCGGACGCCACCGCGCGCCUGCAGGCCGCCAUCCCGCCCGCCGUCAGGCACGCCAAGCGCGUCGCGCAGCGGGACGCCACCGCGCCGCCGGCCUGGCGCCAGGCCAACGCCGAGAUUAUCAAAGCGGCAAGCGGUGUCGAGGAAGCACUGUCCCGUCAAUACCGACCACCGCCGCCGCCGCCGGCACCGCCACUACCGGCCGCUCUGAGCGCCCUGCGAUUGGACGGCUCCAACGCCGCGCCCCCUCGCCCGCCUCCGCCCACUGCCGCCGCCCCGCCCCGCCCCCCGCCCCCCGACACGGACGACGAGGGGGAGGACAUUUUCCGCCGCCAGCCGCACCCCAGCCAGCCAAUCCUGGUGGCCGCUCACAACCUCCACGCGGCGGUCAGAGAGUGGUCGUCCAAGGACAACGAGAUCAUCGCAGCGGCUAAACGCAUGGCGGUGCUCAUGGCAAGAUUGUCGGACCUCGUACGCUCCGAUAGCAAAGGCAGCAAGCGCGAGCUGAUAGCGACGGCGAAGGCGAUCGCCGAAGCGUCAGAGGAAGUCACCCGCCUCGCCAAGAAACUCGCCCUAGAGUGUACCGACAAGAGGAUACGCACCAACCUGCUGCAAGUGUGCGAGAGGAUCCCCACCAUCGGCACGCAGCUGAAGAUCCUGUCCACGGUCAAGGCCACCAUGCUGGGCGCACAGGGAAGCGAAGAAGACCAAGAGGCGACUGAGAUGUUGGUCGGCAACGCACAAAACUUGAUGCAGAGCGUGAAAGAGACAGUAAAGGCGGCGGAGGGGGCGUCGAUCAAGAUCCGCACGGAGCAGGGCGCGUACCGCCUGCGCUGGGUGCGCCGCUCGCCCUGGUACCAGAUAUAGAUUUAUAAGAACAACACUGGAGAUUCAAAGGAAAAUGAGAUGAGAAAUAUCUGUAAUUGUCACAAAAUAUUAGCAAUAAUGUUUAGAUGUUUUUAUUUGUUUUGAAGGUAGAAUUGUAUAUGAGUACCAUAAGCUAGAGCCCGGUCGCCUAACACGUCGAAAUUGGGCUGAUGGCCUAUUUUCAACGUUUUACUCCGCACAAUUAUUUUGCCAGCUCGUUUGCCAGUUGUGUGAUAUAAGCGCGAUAGCAAUUUCACACGGAAAUAAAUGACAAAAGAAGCGAUGUGUCAAUGGCCAUGUCAAUCUUCAUAUUUUGUGACCAAGCUAUAGCAUUAUUUAUUAUGAAAUAUACUAACGCUUUUUUACUUAAUUAGACAUUACCAAACAAUAAUAAUAGUGCCAAGUAUUUAAAAAUGUAUAAUUCUACCUUCGAAUAGAAAAAUUAUGUCACAAUAUAGUUUUAUUAAAAACUAAAAUAAUUAUUACCAUUAAUUAAUGACAUAAAAUAAUACGCAUGCAAUAAAAGUAUAGUAAUAUUAAAAUGUGUAAGGUAUCACUUAUUAUAGUCACGAUUGUUAUAAUAACAAAGAUUUGCUGUGUAAAUUGAAUAAAAAUGAUACUAGCUUAAGUGAGAAAGUGAUCAAUAAUGCGGAAGUAUGUCAAAAAGAGCUUAAAACAAAAAGCCUUUCAACCAUUUUAUUAAUAUC